GUUAGCGUCUUUACCGGAGUCUGAGAGAGAAAGACAAGAGAAACAUUCAAACAUGAGACCAGAAGUUGCCGGGUGUUAUUACGACGAAGAGAAGAAGAGAUAUUUCCCCUUUUUGGGCCGUUCAAAAUUUUCUUCUUUUUCUUCAAUUACGAAACGAAGUCACGACUCAAAGCCUGUCCAGGAAUCUAACUAUCAGAAGAGAACCAAACUAAAAGCAUUGACGCUACUUUCUUCCCGAGAGUUGAAUGGCAAAGUUAUUCAUGUCAAUAAGAAAAAGUCAAACUUCGAGGAAGAGAUUUAUAAGACACAAGGCUCUACUCCUCCGGUAUGGAAAUACCCUUCGACGAAAAAUACAGGGAAUGCUGCUUUGAAAUACAUGCAGAUUGAUAUACAAACGUCUAGAGGCCUGACCAGAAAGAACAUCUUAGUAGCAGGCAGUACAGGAGGCACCUUGAGCGUACUUAGCGUACUUGGAGUCGCACGCACUUUUUACGGAGUACGGAGACUUCCACACUCUUUUCGUCCGGAGGUUUCUAGUAUAUCUUCUAUUCAGCUGAUUGGAAGAUCUGACAACUUCCACCCCGUGAACCGGGCACUAAUAACUACAUUGAGAAGAACUGGGCGUAGGUCAGUUUUUUUCUUAAAUCUUGCUGAGGGGCGUAACACAAUCACUACGCAAAGCAUCCAAAGGAGUGAUGAUGUUCCCUUUGAGUGUACCAUUUGGACAGCUGAUUGCAAUAUAAGUGGGAGUCAUGCAGCUCUUGGUACCGACUUAGGCGCUGCUUUGGUUGAUUUGGAAACAGGAGCUGGUUCAUACUUCCUCCGAAGCGAAAGCGAUGUUUUAGCCUUACAGUUUCAUCAAUCGGGGAACAUUGUUCAAUGCGGGCUCAGAAAUGGAGCCAUUGUGUCUCUUGAUCUACGUGAGAGACCAAGGCUCACUAGACACCAGAUACGACAUCACCAAUCAUCGAGUCAAGCCGGUCAAACUACUACAAAUAAACAAUGGUUCGAGGUACUUCUAAGAUACAGCUUUGUAUGGAAAUACCCUUCGACGAAAAAUACAGGGAAUGCUGCUUUGAAAUACAUGCAGAUUGAUAUACAAACGUCUAGAGGCCUGACCAGAAAGAACAUCUUAGUAGCAGGCAGUACAGGAGGCACCUUGAGCGUACUUAGCGUACUUGGAGUCGCACGCACUUUUUACGGAGUACGGAGACUUCCACACUCUUUUCGUCCGGAGGUUUCUAGUAUAUCUUCUAUUCAGCUGAUUGGAAGAUCUGACAACUUCCACCCCGUGAACCGGGCACUAAUAACUACAUUGAGAAGAACUGGGCGUAGGUCAGUUUUUUUCUUAAAUCUUGCUGAGGGGCGUAACACAAUCACUACGCAAAGCAUCCAAAGGAGUGAUGAUGUUCCCUUUGAGUGUACCAUUUGGACAGCUGAUUGCAAUAUAAGUGGGAGUCAUGCAGCUCUUGGUACCGACUUAGGCGCUGCUUUGGUUGAUUUGGAAACAGGAGCUGGUUCAUACUUCCUCCGAAGCGAAAGCGAUGUUUUAGCCUUACAGUUUCAUCAAUCGGGGAACAUUGUUCAAUGCGGGCUCAGAAAUGGAGCCAUUGUGUCUCUUGAUCUACGUGAGAGACCAAGGCUCACUAGACACCAGAUACGACAUCACCAAUCAUCGAGUCAAGCCGGUCAAACUACUACAAAUAAACAAUGGUUCGAGCUCCACGGACACAUAAAUCCGUCUCAACUAAUCUAUAUGCCCUCAUCUCUUACAUGCCUGAAGACACUGAAAACUUAUGAUCAGUACUUAAUGGCAAGCUCCAUGGAUGGGACAAUCAGGCUAUAUGAUCAACGCAUGGUCAACAAAGGGGUAGCUGUACAGACAUAUGAAGGACACGUGAAUUCUAAUUUUCGCAUCAAAUUUGGCGUCGACCCGUCGGAAAGAUUUCUUAUAUCAGGAGGAACUGAUUGCUAUACUCGCAUUUGGAGUAUCAAAUCUGGUCAACUUCUGUCUGAAAAUAAAUUCUCCAACACUGUCCCUUCAGUUGUGUGUUGGUCUGCUGUUGAAAGGCAGAGACUGGAAUGGUAGCAUUGUUCACGGGGCAUGGCUUGGGUCGAAUGAAGCAAUAAUGGAAGUGUUUUAAUAAGUCUUCAAGAAAUAAAACUGUAGAUUUGGAGAGGGGCAGGCAAUCUAGAGUUUUCACCACUAAUUUAAUAAAGUAAAAAAAAAAUAAGUAUGUUCAAAUUUCAUAUAGUUUUUGAAAUCGAGCUGUUGUAACUUGUGAACUUGAUUGAAAUUUAUGAAAACUAUGUAAACUGAUGAGGAAAUCAAAGUUACAGAAAUCAAGAUGAAUGUAUAAUAGUUUCAGG